AUGCAUCGUUCAAAUGUUGGCUUGUUUUUAUCUCAUCUAUUUUUUGUUUCCAUUUUCCAGCUGGAUGGCGCUACUUAUCACGCCAACGUGAAUAUUGCUGGUGGUGGCGUAGGACGAAACAUCGGCGAGGGCAUCUGGAAAAUCUACGGCGAUGUCCGUCUUGUUUCGGCCGUUGGCACGGAUCAGAACGGUGACCUCAUCAAACGCCUGCUGCCAGACCACUGCCGGGCCCCGGUGCUGACCACCGGUGACCAUCCGACGGCCAACUGCUCGAUCCUGCUGGACAACCGCGGGGACUGCAAGCUGUGCGUCGGGGACAUGUCCGUCCACGGGGCCAUCUCGGUUGACUGGAUCAAUUCACACCGGGACCUGAUUCGGGCCGCUCCGCUGGUGGUGCUGGAUGCCAACGUUAGUACCGCCACCAUGGAGGCCAUAUUCGAGCUUUGCGUCCAGCAUGGGAAACCGGUGUUCUUCGAGCCCACGGACAUGCGUUUCGCGGCCAAACCCUUCAACGCCUCCACCUUGGCAGCCAAGGCCAUCCGCUUCAUCAGCCCGAACCUGUACGAACUACGGGAAAUUGCGCGGAACCUGCGCUACGAGGGUGCGAUUGCCGCGACCCAGGUCGAAGACUUCGAACUGACCGAUCUGCUGCACGAAGUUCGCCUCCUAGGAAGCUUCGUCAACCGUCACGUAGACAACGUGAUCGUUACGCUGGGCGCGUACGGCGUCGUGGUGAUUCGCCGAACAUCGGAACAGGUUCCGUUCUUCAGCGCGGACACUGGUGACUACAAAUCGCCGGGAUUGGGAUCUGGAACUCAGUGCCGGUUCUACCGGGGUCGCGCGAUGGACCGCAUUGUGAACGUUUCCGGCGCAGGGGACAGCUUCACCAGUGGCUUUGUGGCGGCCAUGUUGGACGGCCUGCUGGAACCGAUUUGCGUGAAUGUUGGAUUCGAGGCGGCCUGCUGUGCGCUGGGUUCCAAGGGGGCCGUCGCGGAGCGAUAUUUUGAUCGGGGCCACUACUGCUGGAAGCCGAACAACGGAGCAACUUUCAUCAACGUUGACGAGUGAGAAGCGUGGGAAGUUUUUCCGAACGACAAAUUGCAUUUAGCACCUGCAUUCUUUUUUCUACCUCUGUGUUUCCCCGUUGGGAAGCCGAUAAGAUAUUUUUUUUUCUCCACUUCGAAUAUCUUCACUAUAGCGCAAAAAGUUUACAACCUGCCAACAAUAGAACAAUUACGAUGUA